AUGGCUACCGUCAACGUUCGUCGCGAUGUCACCGACCCUUUCUACCGCUACAAGAUGGAGAAACUCCAGUCCAAGAUCGAGGGUAAGGGCAAUGGUAUCAAAACUGUUGUCGUUAACCUGAACACUGUUGCUCAAUCUUUGGCUCGUCCGCCCGAAUAUGUGAUCAAAUACUUUGGGUUCGAGUUGGGAGCUCAGGCCAACGCCAAGCCCACUGACGAUCGCUGGAUCAUCAACGGCGCUCACGAUGCGCCCAAGCUCCAGGACUACCUUGACGGUUUCAUUGACAAGUUCGUUCUCUGCAAGAAAUGCAAGAAUCCCGAGACCGAUGUUAUUCUCAAGGACAACCGCAUCGUUCUGGACUGUAAGGCCUGCGGUCAGCGCUCUGACGUCGAUCCUCGCCUCAAGUUAAGCACCUUCAUCUUGAGAAAAACUCCAGGAAAGGCAGGCAAGAAGGACAAAAAGUCUCGCCGUGACAAGAAGAAGGAAAAGGGAGAAGCGAAUGGGGACAAGCAUGGCAGUCCAGGAGACAGCAAUGGCUCUGAAAAUGGCGACGAGAACGGCGACGGAGAGCUCGCAGCUAAUAGUGACGAUGAAUUCACCCGUGGCAUCAACGCCGCCGCCAAGGAAAUCAACGAAGAGGAGGACGAAGAAGAGGUGAAAUGGUCCGUCGACGUUUCCGAGGAAGCUGUCAAAGCCCGUGCCAAGGAUCUUCCUGACGACCUCAAGCGCACCUUGGUCUUAGAAGGUGCUGAAGACGAUGAGGAAGAAGGUGGUGCCAGCAUCUACGACCAACUGGGAAGCUGGAUCAUCAAAGAAGCCGAAGACAAGGGCGGUGUCGCAAAUGUCAGCGAUGUCGAAAUUUACAAGAAGGCCAAGGAGCUCGGCAUUGAGGGCAAGCACAAGACUUUGACUGUGCUUGCGCAAACCAUCUUCGAUGAGAAGAUCGUCAAGCAAAUCCCAGCUCGUGCUUCCAUGUUGGAGAAGCUGAUCACUUCUGAACGUCACGAGAAGGCAUUCCUCGGUGGUACCGAGCGUUUCGUCGGUAAAGAUCACCCGGAGCUCAUUCCCCAAGUCCCUGCUAUACUUCUUGGGUACUACCAGAACGACCUUGUGUCGGAGGACGUGCUCAAGGCUUGGGGCAGCAAGGCUAGCAAGAAGUACGUCGACCCUUCGACCAGCAGAAAGGUCCGCAAAGCUGCCGAAAAGUUCCUCGAGUGGCUCGAGAACGCCGACAGCGAUGAGAGUGAGGAAGAAGAGGACGAGGAGUAG